UGUUGGAUGUUUCCAGUCGGUCGUUUUUACAGCAAACACCGAGUUCAUCAUGGCGAGACAUCUUCGCUUCAUUGCGCGAACAGUGAUGGUUCAAGACGGCAACGUCGACGCAGCGUACAAGACUUUAAACAGGGUCCUCACGCAGGAUGGAAUUAUUGAUUCUGUGAAGCGUAAGCGCUACUUUGAGAAGCCCUGCCGGGAGCGACAGCGGAAGACCUUUGAGACCUGUCGGCGGAUCUACCACACGGAGAUGGCGAGGAAAAUCGCCUUCAUCUCCAGGACUAACAGAGACGACCCUUGGCUUGGCUGCUAGACAACUGCAGUGAGAUGAAACGGGACACUGUCGGUAGAUGAGAUGGAGGAAGCAAAGGUCAACACAAUGUCUCUGUUGCAUCUAAAUAAACCUGAGGAAUACUGAAAACAAUGGCACUCAGGAUGCCACACUGUUGAACGUGAAAACAAAGAUUGUGUCUUUUAAAUGUGCUUUUAUUUGCCAUGUUGACACGAGGUGUUGUUUUUCCCUUUGCCUCCACUUUGGAUUCAAACUCCAGAGAAGAUUCUUUGUCCUCAUUCUUGGUUGUCAAACACUUUGUUGAUAUUAUUUUGCUUUUGAAGCACACAAUCUUGUGAAUGGAAAUGCUAAUAAAAAUGUUUAAAAAAAACUUAAUAGAUU